AUGUCCUGGGGAUGUUGUCCUGGCCCAGGGACGUCUCAGGUACAAUGGCAUCCCUGGGCCGCGCUAGUUUUUGUGAAUUGUGAUGUCCUGGGGACAGCAUCCCGUCCCAGGGACGUCUCAGGUGCGAUGGCAUCCCUGGGAUGCACUGAUUUUUCUGGAGUGCCCUGGGUUCAGCUCCACCAACAAACUUGUACCACCACUGCCUCGUCUUCAAGCUUCAACCAGAGUGACCUCCUCAUCAUGUCGAACUCGGAGGACCCAUCCAGCUCUCAAGGGGCAGCAACGAUUCGUGCAAUUGAUUCACAUUCGGUCCAGAAAAUCACUUCGAGUCAGGUCGUCGUCGAUCUACAGACGGCGGUCAAAGAAUUAGUCGAAAACAGUCUCGACGCAGGUGCGACGAUUAUUGACGUCAAGUUCAAAAACUACGGACUAGAAUCCUUCGAAGUUUCAGAUAACGGGACCGGGAUACGAGAACAAGAUUUAGACACCGUCGGGUUGAACCAUCACACAUCCAAAAUUUCAAGCUUUGAUGAUCUGGCGCAAGUCAAGACUUUUGGGUUUAGAGGGGAGGCUCUCAGUAGUUUGUGCGCACUUGCCAAAGUCACAGUCCAAUCGGCUACAGCUGCAACUGAACCAAGAGGAUGGAUCUUAGAAUUCGAUAAAAUGGGAAAAGUGACUUCCAAAAAGACCUGUUCGCGGCCUAAAGGAACAACGGUCAAUGUUCAGUCUUUGUUUCACAACUUACCCGUCAGACGAAAACAGUUUUCUAAGGAUUUUAAAAAGCAUUUCGCGCACGCUCAAACCUGGCUGCAAGCAUAUGGCCUAAUAUCUACGAAUCUCUCUCUCAACGUCUCCAAUCAUCCAGCCAAAGGAAUCAAGACGUUCCAAUUCCAGACGAAGUGCAACAGUCAAAUCAAGCAAAACUUUUCCAAUAUCUUCACCCCUAAGGCUUGUAAUAUGAUGGUUGAUCUUGAACUCAGGUUCAAAGUUAAGCCAGAUCGUACGGUGCUUCGAGCGCUAGGGCUACCCAUAGAUUCCACCUCUGAAGAUCUAGGGACAACAGUUUUGGUGAAAGGUUUAAUGUCUCGCCCUGCGCAUGGUCAAGGUCGAAACUCACCUGAUCGCCAGUUCUAUUACAUCAACGGACGACCCUUCACGCCAUCUAAAAUUUCGAAAUGCGUCAACGAAGUCUACAAGCAAUUCAACACCAAUCAAUACCCUGUACUCCUGGCAAACUUCAUCUUACCCUCAGACUCUUACGAUCUCAACAUAGAUCCAAACAAGCGCUCUAUUUUCCUCCAUAGCGAAGGCAAUCUGAUUGAAGCUUUGCGGGAAGCUCUGGAUUCUUUCUGUCAACCUUACCGGUCGACGUUCUCUGCUUCCCAGCUCACCUCUAUCUCAGAUAGUUUUCUCUCACCCUCUCUCAAAAUGACACUCACUCAACCCACUUCAUCAAAGCGCAAGACCUCGGCUGUGCAAACCGUUGCUGAUCAAGAUCAACACGAUCAAAGCGAGAUCGGAUCUCAACCCUGUGAUAGUUUGGAUUCGUUGAAUCACAAAAGGCCCAGACUCGAUGAAACAGCAAUGUCCUCUCAAAACGUCACCAUAGACAAUUUUCCCUCUGAAGUUACCGAGGGGAAAGACACUCUUUGCAAGGCGAUAUCUCCUUCUCCACCUCACGAAACCUUUCUGGACAAGUCACCGUCCCAUCACUCUAGUGAAACUUCAGAUCAUGAAUCAAUCGUCAAGGCGUCUGAGAUUAUCGCGAUCCCACUCACCGCAACUGAAAACUCGCCGGAACCUACUCCACGCAAGAACCCUGAUCGUGAGGCUGAUUCUAUCGAGUCGCACAAUCCUUCGACCUCGGAAUUUUCACUCGAUAAACCAGAUUGGGUCCCCAGUAUCUUGAGGGAUCCAACUGCUGAAACCCCUCGGAAAAUGGUUCAAAUGACUCUAUCGACAUCGGGAGCCAGCUGGAAUACGAAAGACAGAACUACUCAUCCCACCAAAUUGAGUUCGUCUCAUAAGAGAAAGCCGGUCAGCAGCUCAGAGCGCAUGAGGAGCAACAUCCAGCGUUUCACGCUAGGCGGGCCCGUCAAGCCUGUGCAACUCCCAAGCGACAAGGAGGAUGAAGACGAUGAGCUGAUGUCUGAAGAUGAUCAACUUUCUCAGUCCAAUAUACAGGAUGAAUUGGAAAAUGUGACUCAAGAACAACGGAAUACAGAAGAUCACUCGAGUCCUCAGCCUCUGGAACCAAUCAAGAUAUCUGAUGAACUUCCUGAAGAAGAGGAGCCAAUGCACUUAGCCUCUUCCCCCACCAAUCUCGCCGUCGAUCUCCCCAGCUCUAAUCUUCACAUGGCGCGGCCAGGUCAGAAGCCGGUUGUGGUCUUGGUGAAACCUCAGUCAACUUACAGUCACACGCGACGUGUCGUACGGGAGAAAGAAAUCAUUCCUUCCAGGGAUCCUGCUGUUGUCAACCUAUCGGUUCAACUGGAAGACAUUACAAAGGUAUGGGAAGCUUGUAAACACCACCAGUCAACCAUCGGCACGAAAGCGAAGACCUGCAGUGAUAGUGAACUUGAAGGGGCUGGCUUGAAUCAAACUGAAACGGAGGCUGAAACGACCUUGAGCCGAAACGUGCAGAAAGCCGACUUCGAACAUAUGGAAAUCAUUGGCCAGUUCAACCUCGGCUUCAUCAUUGUUCGUCGAAUAGAUGAAAAACAUUCAACAGAUGAUUUGUUCAUCGUUGAUCAGCACGCUAGCGAUGAAAAGUUUAACUUUGAAAAACUGCAGAGGGAAACAAAACUGACCGGCCAAAGGCUUUUAAUCCCCAAGAUGUUAGAUUUGACAGCAGCAGAAGAGAUAACAGUGAUGGAUAAUUUGGAUAUAUUAGAGCUCAAUGGGUUUAGUGUCCAGGUUGAUGAGUCUGCGAAAGUAGGUGAACGGGUAAAAUUGCUUGCCCAGCCAGUCUCAGGAAACACCAGCUGGGACGUUUCAGAUCUAGGGGAACUUCUCCACUUGAUCACCGAGCGCGGAUCCAAUGAGGUCGUUCGACCCAGUAAGACUAGACGGAUGAUGGCAUCCAGGGCGUGCCGUAUGAGCACGAUGAUCGGAGACAGCCUCACUGUAAAGCAAAUGGCCCGAAUCGUCAGUCAGAUGGGAACAAUGGACCAGCCGUGGGCUUGUCCCCAUGGCAGACCAACAAUGCGUUGGUUAGCUCGAUGUGAUGAGAAUCACAAACCGUUCGAUCCUAGAUACCGCAUCUCCAACUGGAUCACUGACAAGCUGAAUUUCUGAAAUUGAUCGUUUUUGUGUAUCGUCAAUCGAUUUGUGAUCAAUUUGUCAAAAUAACCAGCAAAAAUUGGAAUGCAUUAACAUUCAUCUUGUUCUGGAUAAUCACACCCACUUUCAAAUCCAUGGAUACACUUAACAAAUAAAUAUUGGCUGUUAUUGCAGUGAAGUGCAGUGACCCAGGGUUAAGGGCUCCCAU